UGUUGUUUAAUAAGUAAAACUGCAAAAAAAAGUAAAUACACAGAAUGACAGAGGAUAAUAAUGAGUCGGAGCCACGGGCCGUGUUCAAGGAGAGCAGCAAAAUCUUUCGCCGCAACCGAGCCCUGGGCUAUGUGAGCAACCAUGUACCCGCAGUGACGCGGUACGUCCAGCGCCGCAGAGACACGCUGGUGAUCACCUGCAUCGGGCGCUCGUUCCAGGUGUACACUGCCAGCCACUUCCGCCUUCUCCAUGUGAGUGGCCUGCACCCGGACGACAUUACGGCCCUGGCAACCGACAGGCUGCACACGUACACGGCGAGCAACAAGUGCAUUUACGCCUGGCGGGCUGGCAAGCACAUACGCCAUGUCUAUCGUGGCCACAACCGGGAUGUGCACCUUCUGCUGCCCUUCGGCUCGAAUCUGAUUGCCGUGGACCACGAAAACGUGCUGAAAGUGUGGAACAUUUUCACCGAGGAUGUGUAUCUGGAGGUUCCGUUCAAGGUGGAGGAGUUCCAGGUUACGGCUGUAGCUCAUCCGCCCACAUACAUUAACAAGAUAGUGCUCGGCUCCCGCCAGGGCCAGAUCAAAAUCCUAAACAUCAAGAAAAACAGCAUUGUGUGCACCUUCAACCACCACGAGAGCCGCGUGACUUGCAUCGAGCCGGCGCCAGCACUGGACGUGGUGGCUGUGGGGCAUGGCGAUGGCGCCAUCAUUGUGCUGAAUCUGAAGUUCGACGAGGUGCUCAUGGCCUUUAAGCAGGACUGGGGCGUGGUCACCAGUCUAGCCUUCCGCACGGACGGUCCUCCUAUUCUGGUGUCAGCCUGCAGAAACGGUUACAUGGCCUUCUGGAAUCUGGAAGAGCGCAAGCUGGCUGGCCAACUGCAGGCGCAUGAGAAGGAGAUCACCACGGCCAUCUGCUUUCCCAGCGAGCCGGUCGUGUUCACCACCUCCCCUGACAACUCCAUGAAGCUCUUUGUCUUCGACAUGCCUGACGGUGGCGCACGCCAGUUGCGCAUUCGUGAGGGGCACACCAAGCCACCGCUUUGCAUACGUUAUCACGGCAGCUCCGGCGUCUCCAUACUCUCCUCCGGCGAGGACAGCACUUUGCGGGUCUUUUCCACCCUCUCCGAGUCUCUGAACAAGAGUAUGGGCAGGGCCUCCUACAACCCAAAGGCCACCAAGUAUAAGAAUCGCUUUCAGUUCGACAAGUUUAGCAUGCCGCCGAUUCUGGAGUUCACCUCGGACACGGCGCGCGAGAAGGAGUGGGACAACAUAGCCGCCAUCCAUGCGGGCAUCAUACAGACCACCACAUGGACGUUCGACAAGAGCCGCAUGGGCGAGCACCGCCUGGUGCCGAAGCAAUUCCAAAACAAGAAUCGCGUCAACUUCCAGAGCGAGACCACGUGCAUUGUCCUGACGCACUGCGGCAACUUUGUGAUCAUUGGAUACAGCAGUGGCGACAUCGAGCGCUUCAACAUCCAGUCGGGACUGCAUCGCGCCAGCUACGGAGCGCCGGCUCACGAGAAGGCCGUGCGCGGAUUGGCCAGCGACAAUCUCAAUCAGUGCGUGAUUUCUGGCUGCUCUGAGGGGCUGCUCAAGUUCUGGCCCUUCAAGGGAAAGGUUGACAAGCCCCUGGCCAUAUUGCGCUUGGCAGAUGGUAUAUCGAUAAUGCGACAGCACAGAGAGAGCUCGAUGCUGGCCAUUGGACUGGACACCUUCAAGGUGUACGUCAUUGACAUGCACACGCGGGUGAUUGUGCGAAAGUUUGUGGGCCACACAGCCAAACUGAACGAUCUAACCUUUAGUCCGGACAGCCGUUGGCUGAUCACAGCGGCAAUGGACUCCACAAUCAAGGUGUGGGACAUACCCUCCUCGUACAUGAUUGACCACUUCCGUGUCGAGCGGCCUUGCGUAUCGCUGAGCAUGUCUCCCAAUGGUGACUUUCUGGCCACGGCUCACGUCAAUCUCCUGGGCAUCUACCUUUGGGCCAACAAGACGCUGUUCAAUCAGAUUUCCUUGCGUUCCAUUGACCCACAUGAACCAGCCCCAUAUGUCGGACUGCCCACAAACGUUUGCGAUGCCAUGGAUCUGGAGGAUGGCAUGAAGGAGCUGGAAAUCGAUGGGGACGACGAAGAACUGGGCGAGACGAUCGAUGCCCAAUACGAGACACCAAAGCAGUUGGCACCCGAGUUAAUCACCUUAUCGGGCCUGGCUGCCUCACGCUGGCAAAACCUUCUUGAUCUGGAGCUUAUUAAGCAGCGCAACAAGCCCAAGGCCCCACCCAAGGCACCGAAGCAGGCGCCUUUCUUCCUGCCCACUGUGUCUGGCCUAGAAAUGCGCUUCGAUGUGACCAAUUCGGCCUCAGACAAGGACAGCUCGCGCAUCUUACAAGCCUCCACACUCAACAAUCUAACCACUUUCGGCCAGUUGCUGGAGGAAACUGCCACCAGCAGCGAUUUCAAUCCCGCCGUGACUCACAUAACCCAGCUGGGUCCCUCGAUGGUCGACUUUGAGAUCAAAUCGCUGCAUCCGGAGGCCGGCGGAACCCUUCUGGCUAUGGUGCAGUUCCUCAAGCUCAUCGAGUUCAUGUUCAGCACCAACCUCAACUUUGAACUGGCCCAAUCCUACCUGAGUGUCUUUCUUCGUUCACACGGCCUCACCCUGACGGAGUCCCCUGACCUGGUCCGAGCACUGCGCACUGUUUCGCGGGUACAGGAGCAGGCCUGGGAUAGAGUCGAAAGUAAGCUGACCUACGGAACCGGCGUGGUGGCCGCCCUACGUAACUUUGCGAACUAGUGAAUAGUCUCCCCCCAUACCCCCAUCUACUCGUAAUUGUAGUUUUUUCAUCCAUUUACGCUGUAAAUAAAUUGACACAAAACGACGAA